UGACUAGAUAGUGGGAAAAGCUUCAUUAGAAAUUAUGAGACAACAGAGAACUCACACAGAAGAGAAACACUUUGAAUGUCCUGAUUAUGGGAAAGUCAAAAUUCCAGUCUGGUGAUACAUCAGAGGAUUCACUGCAGGAGAAACACUAUGAGUGUUGAAAUUAUGGGAAAGGUUGCAUUACAGAUUCCCACCUCUUGAGACACAUGAGCAUGCACACAGGAGAAAAACCCUUUGAAUGUCCUAUCUAUGAGGAAAGUUUCAAUCAGAAUUCCAACAUGAUGAUACGCCAGAGGCCUCACACAGGAGAGAAACUCUUUGAAUGUCCCGACUGUGGAAAAAGUUUUAGACAGAAUUCCAGCCUGGUGAUACACCAGAGGACUCACACAGGAGAGAAACCCUUUGAAUGUCCUAUUUGUGGCAAAGGUUUCAGUAAUAAUUCGAGCCUGGUGAAGCACCAGAGGACUCACACAGGAGAGAAACCCUUCGAAUGUCCUUACUGUGGCAAAAGAUUCAGACAGAAUUCCCACCUGGUGAUACACCAGAGGACUCACACAGGAGAGAAACCCUAUGGAUGUCCUGACUGUGAGAAAAGCUUCAGUCAGAAUUCUGACCUGGUGAAACACCAGAGGACUCACACAGGAGAAAAACCCUUUGAAUGCCCUAUUUGUGGGAAAAGUUUUAAUCGCAAUUUCCACCUGGUCAUACACCAGAGGACUCACACAGGAGAAAAACCCUUUGAAUGUCCUAUCUGUGGGAAAAGUUUUAGUGAACAUUCCCACCUGGUAAUACACCAGAGGACUCACACAGGAGAGAAGCCCUUUCAAUGUCCUAUUUGUGGGAAAAAUUUUAGUCGCAAUUCCCACCUGAUGAUACACCAGAGGACUCACACAGGAGAGAAACCCUUUGAAUGCCCUAUUUGUGGGGAAAGUUUUAGUCGCAAUUCCGCACUGGUAAUACACCAGAGGACCCACACAGGAGAGAAACCAUUUGAAUGUCCUGAUUGUGGGAAAUGUUGCAUUACAAAUUACAGCCUCAUGAGACACAAAAGGACUCACACAGGAGAGAAACCUUACGACUGUCCUGACUGUGGGAAAAGUUUCAGUGACAAUUCCAGCCUGGUGAUACACCAGAGGACGCACACAGGAGAGAAACCCUUUAAAUGUCCUGAUUGUGGAAAAAGUUUCACUCACAAUUCCGAACUGGUAAUACACCAGAGGACUCACACAGGAGAGAAACCAUUUGAAUGUCCUAUUUGUGGGAAAAGUUUUAGACGCAAUUCCCACCUGGUAAUACACCAGUGGACUCACACAGGAGAGAAACCCUUUGAAUGUCCUGAUUGUGGGAAAUGUUUCAUUACAAAUUCCAGUCUCAUGAGACACCAGAGGACUCACACAGGAGAGAAACCCUACAAAUGUCCUAUCUGUGGGGAAAAUUUCAGUGAGAAUUCCUAUCUGGUAAUACACCAGAGGACUCAUACAGGAGAGAAACCCUUUGAAUGUCCUGAUUGUGGGAAAAGUUUCAGUCACAAUUCUUGGCUGGUAACACACCAGAGGAUUCACACAGGAGAGAAACCGUUUGAAUGUCCAGACUGUGGAAAACGUUUUAGUCAGAAUUCCCACCUCAUGAGACACCAGAGAACUCACACAGGAGAUAAACCCUUUUAAAUGUCCUGAUUGUGGGAAAAGUUUCAGUCAGAAUUCCUAUUUUUUAAUACACCAGACUCACACUGUGGGAAAAUCUUUCAAAUUUCCAGUCUGUGGACUUUACUUCAAGCAUAAAUCAUCCCUUUGUGCACACAAGGAAAUCCACAUGAGGCAAAGGUUGAAGAGUUUAGAGAAGGAUUGAAUUUCAUUUGUGAUCUCCCAUUCACAGUGUAGGUGAGAAAUUCACUGAAUUCUGGCUGGAUUCUUUGUAUUCAAACUUUUCUCAGGAUUAAAAUUAUAGGUGCAGAGAAAAGGAAAUUGGAAAAUGGCUAACAGCCAUUUUCUGGUUAUCAGCAGAAUCUUGUAGAUUUGCAGAAGAAGUGGAAUUCCUCAAAAAGGGAUCUUGGAUGGUGCUUUUGUACUGCAGGAAGUUAGCACCCACCCCUCUUCCUAGGAAAAUGAAAUAUCCUAGGAAUUAUUAAAAAGGCAGAAUAUUUCCCCUAAAAGGAGAAGUAGAAACUC